UCCCUGCUACCAUCUCCUAUGAUCGCCAGACUCUGUUGUCCUUCCGUUCGUUCACGAUCGCCCAAGAUGCACCGAGGACGUACCUCCCUGUUUGUUUAUCUGAGUGGCGUACUGGCCCGGAGCCAAACGACGAUUCCAAACAGGGCGCCUGCAGCGAUGUUUGUCCGGUCCCGGGAAAACGUCGGAGGAAAAGAGGAUGUCAGUGUCUCGCAGGUGUUUAUGCUGCGUCAAAUACUUGAUGUUUGUCUUCAAUCUCAUCUUCUGGCUUGGAGGUUGUGGCUUGUUUGGUGUUGGAGUGUGGCUGUCCUUCACACAGGCAGAAUUUUCCUCUCUUCCUCUGUCAUUCCCGUCCCUCUCUGCUGCCAACCUCCUCCUGGUCGCUGGAGGGAUAACUAUGAUAACAGGAUUCCUGGGUUGUAUUGGAGCACUCAAGGAGCAGCGCUGUCUUUUGUUCACUUUCUUUGUGAUCUUGUUGCUCCUGGUCCUAACAGAAGUCACUCUUGUCUUGGUCAUUCACUUCUUCCAUGAAAAGGUUGAUGCAAAAGCACAGGCUGAAUUAAAGGAAGGCAUGAAAGUCUAUAAUUCAGAACCUGGAAUGAAAAAAUCCUGGGACAACGUUCAGAGAAUGUUCAAAUGCUGUGGAGUGACCAACAAAACAGACUGGUAUGAUGUGCUGAAUGGAACGCUGCCGUCAUCCUGCUGCCCUGGUGGAGAAGAGAAGUGUGACGAAUGGAGUGAGCCAUGUUACAGGAAGGCCAGGCAGUGGCUGCUUGAUAACAUUCCCUCUGUCCUGGUGUUUGGAGUGUGCAUUGGUGUCGUACAGAUCCUGGCCCUGGUGUUUUCCAUGCAGAUGUACUGUCAGAUCCUUCAUGCUGAGAAAAGCUUCGACUGACUGAGGGUUUCCUGCUCAUGUGGACAAUGAUGGCUCUCUCUAGCCUGUGAAGAGAAAGCAAAGCUGCUGCUGAUGCUGAGUUUAGAUUUGAAAUCGUUUGCUUUGAAAUCCUCUCAAGUGACAAAGUUACAAACAUGUUAUGUUAGUUAUUUGCAAAAAUGUUACCAUGUGCCUAUGACCACUAAAUGCCUCACCCACACAGUAAAUACACAUGCUUUUGGAUGACUUUUUCCUGGAGAAUUUUUGUUUUGUUAAUAUUGUACAACAGCCCAUGAAGAAUAAACGAGAGUAAAACGUUUAGACAUA